AUGGGCAACACUUCUCGCACGCUGACGUUGACCAGGCACGCAGCAACCCAAAAAUUCCCCGCACCGGACCCAUCCUCAUCCUCGCCUCUCCGCACCAUUGCGGAUUCCGAUGUGGGGAGAAUGGCUCACUCGCUUGCAUGUAGCGUGUUCCUGACGUCAACGCAGGUCGCUUGGACAGCCGCCAUGACCAUCUCGACGCCAUCCGAGCUUGGGCGCGAUGUCAUGGCCGCGUCGAGCCAGAUGCGUGGGUCGCUCUUCGUAUUGCGCUCGGGCCGUGCAUCAAACUGA